AUGGUGGAUGUAUUCGCAGGACGCACACUUCUGAAUAAAAACGGGGACUUUGUGGAUCCCGAGGACGCGCUGAGGAACAAGGUGGUGGGCAUCUAUUUCUCUGCAGGCUGGUGUCCCCCCUGCAGAGACUUCACCCCGAUCCUCUGCGACUUCUACACGGAGCUGGUGGAGGAGCACGACCCUCCAGCGCAGUUUGAGAUAGUUUUUAUCUCGUCUGACAAGUCUGCAGAGGAUAUGGUGGAGUAUUACCACGACAUGCACGGAGACUGGCUGGCUCUGCCCUGGACCGAUGACUUCAAGCAUGAACUGAAGGAGCGAUACAAGAUCACAACAGUUCCCAAACUCGUGAUCGUGAAGGAGAGCGGAGACGUGAUCACAGACAAGGGCCGGAAGCAGAUCCGAGACAAGGGCCUGGCCAGCUUCAGGUCCUGGCUCGGCGCUGCAGAGAUCUUUGAGAACUUCAAGGGCUAA